AUUAGUCGAUCACCGAAAAACGCUAUUACUCGCCCGGGCUCAACGAUGCCGCUAGCUCCGCCACUGGCCGUCGCUGGCGCAGUGUACGACGACAUCGUGGGCGCGUACCGCGGGUUCAUGCCGUCGCGGACGCGCGCGUUCCUCGUCAUCCACCAUGGCCCGCUCGAGCCGCACGUCCGCUGCCCCUACUGCGGCGCCCGCGUCUGGAGCAUGACCGCCGCGGGGCUCGCCCGCCUCUCCUCCUCUUCCUCCAGCGACGGCGAGCGAAGCGCCGACUCCGACUCCAACCACAGCGACGACGAGUCAUUCGCCGCCGCUGACGUGAGCCUCCCACUUCCUCUGGCUAGCCGCGUGUCAGGCCGGCGCCUUCGAGGCAGGCCGGCCAUGUAACGCAUCAAGCAUUAGCGGUAGUUUUUUUUUUACCGGUGGAUUGGGAUAGUAUUAUUUGGAGUGAGGGCAAUUUAGUCAUUCUUGUAAAAUGUUUUGUU